CCCAUCCCAUUGAGAUUUAUUCACUUAUAUAUCAACUUAUUACUAUCCACUAUGAAAGUCUUUACUUCCAAACUCUUAGGCUUCUUAGUCUUUUUCUUUUUCUACCAUUGCCAAGCGUUUCCGCAUUACAAGUUUGUUGUGAAGGAAGUUCCAUAUACGAGACUAUGCAAUACGAAGAACAUACUAACCGUAAAUGGCCAAUUUCCGGGCCCUGCGUUAUAUGUUAAUAAAGGAGACACCAUCGUUGUAGAUGUUUACAACAGAGGAAAAUAUAACAUCACCAUUCAUUGGCAUGGAGUGUUGCAGCCAAGAUAUCCAUGGUCUGAUGGUCCAGAAUACAUCACUCAGUGUGCUAUUCAACCAGGAGCAAAAUUUAGGCAGAAAAUCAUUUUUACAACCGAAGAAGGAACUUUGUGGUGGCAUGCUCAUAGCACAUGGUUGCGAGCGACUGUCCAUGGUGCUCUGAUUAUUUAUCCCAAGAUGGGAACAAGCUAUCCUUUUCCGAAACCUGAUGCAGAAAUUCCUAUCAUAUUAGGAGACUGGUGGAAAGAAGAUAUAAUGGAGUUAUACCAAAUUCUUGAACGUGACGGUGAUGCCAUCCAACACAAUUCGGAGGCCUUCCUCAUUAAUGGCCAGCCUGGUGAUCUUUAUCCCUGCUCCAAACCAGAAACUUUUAGACUCAAGGUGAAUAGAGGUUUGACUUAUCUCCUUCGGAUAGUUAACUCCAUCCUAGUGGAUAGCCUCUUCUUCUCCGUUGCCAAUCAUACUGUCACGGUGGUUGGAUCUGACGGUAGCUAUCUAAAACCAUUCAAGAGAAGCUUCAUAUUCAUACCCGCAGGCCAGACCGUUGAUGUCCUUCUAGAAGCCAACCAAAGUCCCAAUCACUAUUACAUGGCCGCCAGCGUGUACUCCACUGGUGGGAUAGGUGUUUUCAACAACUCCACCACCACAGCUAUUAUAGAAUAUAAUGGAAACUACACUCCAUCAUCGCGGCCGGUGUUACCCUAUCUUCCUAGCCAUAGUGAUACAGCAGCAGGCCUUAAUUUUACCGCAAGUCUUCGGAGUUUAGCUGAUAAGGAGCAUCCAGUUGAUGUGCCAAUGGAAAUAAACACACAUUUCUUAUAUAAAAAAAUCUUUUGUGCAGAUGGUAAGACAAGAACCUUAGCCAGUGUGAACAACAUAAGCUUCCUCAAUCCGAGUAUUGAUAUAUUACAAGCUUACUAUUGCUGCAUUCAAGGUGUGUAUGGGACCAAUUUUCCUGAUUUUCCUCUAUUCGUGUUUGACUUCACUACCGAAGUUUAUCCGAUGGACUGGGAGAUUCCGAACGUAGGGACGGAAGUGAAGAUGCUAGAUUACAAUUCCACCGUGGAGCUUGUUUUCCAGGGGACAAACUUGCUAAAAGGUAGUGACCAUCCGAUGCAUCUUCAUGGAUAUCUUUUUUACGUUGUGGGAUUGGGUAUGGGGAAUUUCGAUAAGGACAAGGAUCCCUUAAUGUACAAUCUGCUGGACCCUCCUCUUCAAAACACCAUUCAUAUUCCCAAAAAAGGGUGGGUGGCCAUAAGAUUCAAGGCUAAAAAUCCUGGAGUAUGGUACAUGCAUUGUCAUUUUGAUAAACACAUGGUAUGGGGCAUGGAUACGGUGUUCAUAGUUAAAGAUGGCGAAUCUCCGGAGGCCAAAAUGUUGCCACCACCACCUGACAUGCCUCCAUGUUAAGGCUAUCUCAAUUAUAUCCAAGGUUGCAAAUUAAGUCUUCGGGUCAAGAAAGAUAUGUCCUCCCAUAAACAUAUCUGGACAAAAAGAAGCACUGUAAUCCUUGAAAGUAUUUUGCUAAAUGGUUGUGUUUAGCAGGAGAAUUCUAUCAUCUGCAGCCUUGUUCUUAGUGUUUUCUUUUUUCUUUUUUCUUUUUUCCAAAAAAUAAGUAUUUUCUAUUAUU